UUGUGAUCCGAGAAAGUUUGACUCAUUUGAUAUCAGAGCUGAUCCUCCAAAAUUUAAACCGGAGCAUAUCGGCGGUGGUGAUAAGCUAAAAAUAAAUAAAUAAUAAGGAUUGAUUUUGUUGAGAGUAGAGUAGCUGUUUGUCCGUCUCCUACACCAUUUCUUGAGAGAUGAGAAUAUUGCAACAUUCUUCAAUCGGUUCAAGUCCUUACGCACGUUUUAUGCAGUGUUAUUUGCACUUCCAAGCGCGUUACUCUUCAUCUUCUUCUUCUUUGCCCCCAACAGAAGAUCACCUAUGUCAGCUCAUACUUGACCAAAAAACCGCUUCUGAGGCACUCCAAACCUUCAGAUGGGCCUCAACCUUCUCCAAAUUCACCCAUUCCCAAUCCACAUAUCGUGCUUUAAUCCACAAGCUCUGCACUUUUCGCCGUUUUGAUACUGUCAAGCAACUGCUCGACGAAAUGCCUAGCUCAAUCGGAGCUUCUCCUGGCGAUGGAAUCUUCAUAACCAUAGUCCGGGGACUCUCCCGGGCUGGAAUGACACGAAGGGUCAUCACAGUUAUUGACUUGGCUUACAAGUUUCAUGGUACACCUUCGUUGAAGAUUUUCAACUCAAUUUUGGAUGUUCUUGUGAAAGAGGACAUUGAUAUGGCUAGAGAGUUUUAUCGAAAGAGUAUGAUGGAGAGUGGUGUUCAUGGGGAUGAUUAUACUUUUGGGAUUUUGAUGAAAGGUCUUUGUUUAACUAAUAGGAUUGGUGAAGGUUUUAAGCUUUUGCAGCUUAUUAAGUCUAACGGGGCUGCCCCGAAUACUGUCAUUUACAAUACUUUGCUUCAUGCACUUUGUAGGAAUGGAAAGGUUGGUAGGGCUAGGAGCUUGAUGAAUGAGAUGGUGAGCCCGAAUGAUGUUACCUUUAAUAUUUUGAUAUCUGCGUAUUGUAAGGAAGAUAAUUUGGUUCAAGCUCUUGUUUUGCUUGAGAAGUGUUUUGGAAUUGGUCUUGUACCUGAUGUUGUUACCAUAACUAAGGUGGUUGAGAUUCUAUGCAACGCUGGCCGUGUAACGGAUGCUGCUGAGGUUCUGGAGAGAGUUGAGAGCUUGGGGGGUUCACUUGAUGUUGUGGCUUACAACACAUUGCUAAAGGGGUUUUGUGGAGUGGGGAAGGUGAAGGUUGGACUUCACUUCCUGAAGCAAAUGGAGAAUAAAGGCUAUCUUCCAAAUGUGGAUACCUAUAAUAUACUGAUAUCUGGGUUUUGUGAAUCUAGGAUGUCGGAUUUGGCUCUUGAUCUUUUUAAUGAUAUGAAGACAGAUGGAAUCAAACGGAAUUUUGUUACUUUCGACACAAUGAUUAGAGGUUUGUGUUCAGAAGGAAGAAUUGAAGACGGUUUUUCAAUUUUGGAGUUAAUGGAGGAAACCAAAGAAGGCUCUAAAGGGCACAUUAGUCCUUACAAUAGCAUAAUCUAUGGUCUAUUCAAACAAAAUCGUUUCGACGAGGCAGCCGAGUUUCUAACAAAGACUGGAAAAUUGUUCCCUAGAGCAAUCGACAGAAGCAUGACGAUUUUACAGCACUGCAAGGAAGGUAAUAUUGAAGAUGCAAAGAAUGUAUACGAUAAGAUGAUUGAUGAAGGUGGAAUUCCAAGUAUUAUAGUUUAUAACUCUCUUGUUCACGGCUUUUCGCGACAAGGAAGUAUCCGAGAGGCCGUAGAGCUUAUAAACGAAAUGAUAAGUAAUAACUGUUUUCCCAUUGCAUUUACAUUCAAUGCUAUCAUCGCCGAGUUUUGUAGAGAAGGAAAAAUUGAAAGUGGCUUGAAGUUCAUGGAAGAUAUCACUGCAAGAGGUUGUGUACCAAAUACAGAAACUUACAGCCCUUUGAUUGACGUGUUAUGCGGGAAAGGGGACCUUCAGAAAGGCUUGCAGGUAUUUUUGGAAAUGGUAGAGAAGGGUAUCAUUCCUAACCAAUUUAUUUGGAAAACACUGCUACUUAGUAUGAGUCUGCAAAACAAUAUAAGUAAGAAUGUGUCCAAUAUAGAUUAUUUACUCUAAUGGAUUAGGGAGAGUUCAACUUUGUUCUAAAGGGUGGUUACAGCAUAGCGAUUGUGACAUCUUCUUUGGAGAAUUCCAUGUCAGGUAUCAAAUAGCAUAUAAGCUGAUAAGAGAAUCACUAAAUUAGUUUAUGAAACUGUAGACUUUGUAUCAUUUGGUCCCUAAAUUAUACAAAAUCCAACAUGCACCUAGUAGUUACUGGUUUGUGCAGACCCCAUCUAUAUGGUUGUGGGUCUCCAUGACAGGAGUGAAGACUUGUUUGAUGAAAUAGAUUGAAUUAUCUUUGCAGAAUUCAUCAUUUCCAAUUUUAAACUGUGACUAAAAGUUUUAAAAUAUGUUAGUCCUCCAUAAUCUACACUAGUAUAGUAUUCCUUAUUUCCACGUUUCUAUAGUCAUCCUUUUUCAGAAUCUGUAUAACCUUCCUUUGUGACGUGCAUAAGACAUAAAAUAAACAAGGACAAGUCAAAGUUUAUUAUUUGAUUGGUCGGUCACAGAUUUAUAAUUUGAUUGGCGGUCACGACUAAGGCUCUGUUUGGCAUGCCAUUUUUUGAGCUUAUGUCUUAUAGCUUAUAACUUAUAAGCUCAUAUAACAAUAAAAGACAUGUUUGGUAACGGUCUUUUCAUUACGAACUUAUAGCUUAUUUUACUAGCUUAUAGCUUAUUUUUCAGACGCUAUUUCAAAUAGCGUUUUAGCUUAUAGCUUAUAGCUUAUCAUUUUUUCUUCCAUUUUUACCCUUAUUAUUUUAACUAAAAUCCACUUUUACCCUCUAUAAUUUAUUUUAAUUUAAAAUAAAAUAAUUAUAUAUUAAAUGUCCUUUAUGUCAUUUCAAUUAAUCAGAUAGUUGAACCGCUAAUUUUAUCAAACACUUCAAUCAGCUUAUCAGCUAUAAGUCAUCAGUCAUCAUUUAUAAGCUAUAAGCUAUCAGUCAUCAGCCAUCAGCCAUCAGCCAUAAGCUAGCUUAUCAGUCAACGGCUAUUUUUACCAAACAGAGCCUAAGCCAACGAGGCAAGGGUAGUUAACCUGUCACAUUUAUACCAUAAGAAUAUUUAUAUUUUUGUUUGGAUCAUCGUCUCUAAGAUAACAAAGAACACACUUUCUUCAUUUUUGUUAUCACAAUUCAUAAAAAUCCGUCCAACAAUGUUUCAAAAACGACAUGAAAUUCUAC